CGGAGGGACCGGGAGCGGCGGCCGAGCCCCGGCCAUGGCCCCGGUACCGGCCCCGUGGCUGCCGCUGCUGAGCGUGGCCCUGCUGUGCUGCUCGGCAAAGGGGGACGGGGACCCCCCGGACCCCGUGUACCUCCCGGCAGAGCUGGAGCUCCUCGGUGUACCGGAAUACUACCGCUUGCAACGGGCGGACCGGGAUAUCCCAACCAACACUUCCAUGGAUACCCACACCGAGACCUUCCUGGUGCUGCGGCACAGCACCGGUACCCAGCCCGUGGUCCAGGCCACCUACCCCCCCUUCAGCACCCGGCAGGAGGUGCCUAUGGAGAAGCAUAGGGAAGCAUGGGCAGUGAGGGCUGUGUCCGUUGAGAGCUCGGUGUCACCAGCAGAGCCCUUUGCCCGUGUGCUCUUCCAUCUGUAUGGGCCUGACUGGAUGGCUGGGAAACGGGAUCAUCCCAAGGGAUGGGAUCAUCAUGGAGAGCAGGAUCACCCCAGGAAGUGGGAUCAUCAUCAGGAGCGGGAUCAUCCCGGAGAGUGGGGUCACCCCAAGGAGCAGAACCAGCCCAGGAACUGGGAUCACCCCCAGGAGUGGGAUCAGCCUAAAGAGAGGGAUCAUCCCAAGGAGCGGGAUCAUCCUGGAGAGUGGGAUCACCCCAAGGAGCAGAACCAUGCCAGGAACUGGGAUCACCCCAAGCACUGGGAACAUCCUGGACAAUGGGAUCACCCCGGAAAGCAGGAUCACCCCAUGGAAUGGGAUCAGCCCAUGGAAUGGGACCACCCCAUGGAACGGGAUCACCCCAAGGACCAAGACCUGCCCUGUGUCACCCUCCAUGCACACCACCGCGGGCGGGUGGCCCGUGGCUCGUGCCACCUGCAGGCCCCCCUGGGCGCCUGUGUGGUAGAGCUGCAGAUCCCCCCCCCCUGGUUCUCCCCCGAGCCCCCGGAGCCGGUGGAGCUGCACUACAGCCUGACGGGAUCCCGGGAAUGCCGCGGCCAUACCGGAGCUGCCCCACGGUACCUGGGAUCACUGGAGCUGCGGGCGGCAGAGCCGGUGCGGUGGCAGGAGGUGCGGUUGGAUGCCAAGGUCCUGCUGCGGGUACCCGAUGCCACCAUGCGCCCGGGGCAGAGCUUCACCACCACAGUCACCCUGCGGCACAACUUCACUGCCGACCUCCUGGUGCUCCGGAUCAAGGCCAAGAAGGGGCUGCAAGUGAUGGGUGCCCGCGCCGCGGUGCCCGGUGUAUGGGCAACACAAGUGGAGCGCAGCCGUGGUCCCAAGCACUCCACUGUGGUGGUGACGUGCCGGAGGAGCGGGGAUGCUGAUGGUGGCUCCAGGGUGGCUGAUCCCGAGGCGUUCCUGCAUGUGGAUGUGGCGGUGGAGAACGGCACCGUGGGGCUGGCGCCGGCGCGGCCCCUCACGUGGCAAGUGGAGUACCCAGGCCAGGACCCCGAGGCGCAGAAGGACAAACUGGUGUGGGAGAUCCAAGUGUCAGAGAGGGAUGUCCGUGCGCUCGUCCCCCUUGUGCAGGACCUGGAGAUCCUCAACACAGCCCCAUUGACAGGGGUCCCCCGCUUCGUGCCUGUCAGACUGGUGGCAGUGGAGGCAGGGGGUGCCAUCACUGAGCUCCCGGAGCCCCCCGGCUGUGAGUCAGCUGACAAGCAAGUCCUGCAGGUGUCCGAGGGCUGCUCGGCAGUGCAGGUGCUGGGCCGGGAGAGCCGUGGGGCGCGUGGGGCGCGGGUGGAUUUCUGGUGCCGCCGCCUGCACACGUCCCUGCUGUUCACCGUGUGGGCCCCACUGCUGCCGCUGCGCGUCCAGCUGGGGGACAUGGUGCUGGAGCAGCUGCGCGGAUGGCGCCGGCCUGCGGGCACCGGCAGCUCCGGUGCAGCCGGUGUCGGUGCCGGUACCGGCUCCGGUCGGUAUCGCGGCUGCCGCCCGCAGUUCCAGCGCACGUCGCUGCGGGUCCUGGCUCACUUCGCGGCGCGGCCGCAGUCCGGGGGCCGUCCCCUCGCGUACCUGCCCAGCCCCACAUGGCUGCUGGACGUGACCCCCCUGGUGGCUGCGCGCACCCGCGUCCAGGACCCGCGCGUGGCCGCGCUGGAGCCGGGGCCCGUCCUGGUGGGGCUGGAGCCGGGGGUGACAUCGGUGGAGGUCCGCUCCCCACUGUCGGACUCCAUCCUGGGGGAGCAGACAGUGGUGGUGUCGGAGGAGAAGGUGACGGUGACGGAGCUCCGGGCACAGCUGGUGUCAGGGCUGUCCCUGACGGUGCAGGCAGAGCCAGGGCACCAUGGGCUGGUGACUGCCAGUGCUGUGGGCACAGGGACCCUGCAGGUGCCCAAGCAGGAGGCGACGCUCUCAGUCUGGUUGUCCUUCUCCGACCACACUCUGGCCCCACUGGAUCUCUAUGGCUCACAGGACACAGCCUUGACCAUAACCUCUCUGGACCCCACCGUGGCCACCGUGGGGGGCUCACCGGGGGUCCCCACCGUGCACCCAUGGGUGGUGGCCGAGGGCCCUGGGCAUGGGGCACUGCUGGAGCUCAGCCUGCACCCCCCGGAUGCCUGCCGCCGGGGCCGGCACCAUGGCACCGCACUGGCCACCGGCACUGCCUGGAUCCAGGUGUUGGGGGGCCAGGGCACCAGCACCCCCCGGAGCCCCCAUGGGUCCGGGUCCCCCUUCCAUAGGGCAGAAGGGGCGAUGUCGGGGGAGGCGGUGACGGCAGCCGGUGAGGCACAGAGGAGGGAUCCUAUGGGAAUGGGACCAGCCAGCACCAAGCUGCAAGGGUUGGGGUCUUCCUCGGAGGAAGAGGAGGAUGGGUACGGCCAGAACCACGCUGGUGAUGAUGAUGAUGAUGAGGAGGAGGAGAUGGUGAAGGCUCCGGAGCGUGUAACCGACCUGGAGAUCGGCAUGUACGUCCUGCUGGGGGUCUUCUGCUUGGCCAUCUUCAUCUUCCUCAUCAACUGCAUCUUCUUCGUGCUGCGCUACCAGCAGAAGGAGCUGCCUGAUGCCGCGGCCCCAUCGGCCCCACAGCCCCACAACUGGGUCUGGUUGGGCACCGACCAGGAGGAGCUGAGCCGGCAGCUGGACCGGCGGCAGCCGGAGCCCCUGGUCACUGAUGGCAUCACCGAUGGCAUCACCAAUGGCACCACCAAUGGCACCACCGAUGGCACCACCGAUGGGCGCUGCUGCUGUGGCUCUGAAGCAGGGGGUGACCCCACUGCCCCCCAGCCCCAUAGGGAAACUGGAGGCCCCCAGCCCCAUAGGGAAGCUGCAGCACCACGGGGCGGCCGCAGGAAGAGGGUGGAAUUUGUCACCUUCUCCCCAUCGCGGGCCCCCGAGGAGCCCCCCGAGCCCAUUCCCAAUGUCCAGUCCAUCCUGGUGGCCAGUGAGGACGACAUCCGCUGGGUGUGUGAGGAUAUGGGGCUGCGGGACCCCGAGGAGCUCCGCAGCUACAUGGAGAGGAUCCGGGGCAGCUCCUGACCGGGGCAGGCAGAAGGGACCGGAUCCCCCCUGUGCCACCAUAGGGACACACACACGGGUUGGGGACCAUGUGUGGGGAUGGGGUCUUGGGGUGUCCUUAGGGUCUCGUUGCGUUGUGUUCAUAGUGAUGAUGAUGAUGAGUCCUGGGGGGGUCCCUGUGUCCUCCCUGUGUCCCUUACCCCGAUCCAUGCGUCCGGGUUUGUACGGCUGAUGUUUUGUACCUGUCCCAUGUGCUGGGGGCUGUUAUUUAUGGAGGGGUCCUCACCCUGACCUGGAUACAGGCAAUAAAGUGUUGGAGAGGACCCGA